AUGUUGUUGAAGGCUGGAAACACUGAAAAUGCAACGGAAACUGAUAAAUCCUCAACUGGAAAGAAGGAUGUUAGUGGUAAGUUAGGUUUUUGAUUAUUUACGUUUUGGCUUUAGGUAUGAGGAAAGUAAUAAGAUGGUUUUUAUAGUGGUUUUGGCGAAAAAUCGGCGAUUUUUAGUGAAAUACAGCUAUAUUAUGUUAGAUCAAGAAAACUUGAUGUUUCUUAGCUGAUAUAGAGUUAUAAUAACAAGGUUUAGUAUCUUCUUGGCGUUUAAAAGUUUAUUUCACUUCAUUUUCCAGCUUCUUCAGCCAGUACUCACGACUUUUCCAUAGCGUCAUUGACUAACACAACAUCGAGUCCGAAUACAAGUGUGGAUUCUGGAAUUGGAAGCCCAAAUCAAAGCCAAUUCAGUAUAAAACAUCAUGCCAAAGAUUCUGCGACUUCUGGCACACCUGUUAGAAAUACAGAGUCGUCCGAAUUGUUUUGUAAUUUAGAAGAAUUGCCACGAGGAGAAGAUGGAAAGUUUCAUUGCCCAGUCUGUAACAAAGGCUUCAAUCGACGUUUUUACUUGAUCAAGGCACAUAUCAACAUUCAUAGUAAGUUUUGUAGCUUUUUUGUUGUUUUUUGAGUUUAGGUUUCACGUUUGGUUGGAAGAAAGAGUUAUAUUGAGUUAGGUCACAUUUUAAAAUGCGGUCUAAAAUGAGGUUUUAUGGCUAUGUUAGUAAAAUUUAUCUAUGAAGAAGCUAGAAGUCUUUCUUUAGAUGUUUUUGUGAAGAAUGUUUAGGUAAUAUUUCUAUUUUUAGUCAGGUAAACUUAAAAAGAUAGGUAAUGAUACGUAAAAUAGGGUUUUCCUAAUUUCUUUAAAUUUUGAUGCCUGAAACUUAAGGGCAAUGUUACUACGACCUUUUCCAUAUUAAUUUAUAUGCUUUAGGUAAUGCUGCGCCUUACCAAUGUCGAAAGUGUCAUCGUUGCUUCAAGGAUUCGUCGAAUCGUCGGAGUCACGAAAGGAUUUGUCAAAAACCGGAAAACAAGUAA